AUGACCAACGUGACCUGCCCCUCUCCCAACACAAGCGCGCUCGCAUUGGGUCAUGACUAUGAUGCGUUCGUCAUAGACACAUCCGAGGAUGAAUCCGCCACGACGGCCAUGGACCGCAACCUGCGCGGUGCAGCGUCGUUCUACAAGCGUAUGCAGCCGAAUGCCGUCGCGAUUCAACAGGCACGCGGCAUGAUCCACAGGUUCGCCGAGCUUGCAGUGCUGGAGUUGCCAGACCACAGCAACCAAGCCUGCGAGGUCUAUUGCGUGUUCUGUUUCGAUGGCUGUGUCAAUUUUAGACGCGGCAUGCGCGACUGGCAGCGCUAUGCAUGGAUGAAGGUGUCGGCUAAUACACCUGAUAUGACGCAGGGCGACUUCGUUGGCACUGGUGAGAAGCCAUGUUUCAGCUGGCGCACCGCUAUAGUCACUAUGCUGGCAUGUACAUACAGGACGUUCUACAAACGCCUCGAAUAUACGGGCCCCCAUAAGGGGUGA